GUGCCACCCAGGUGUCUAAACGCCAUCAGUUGGGUUUACCAUAUCACGUAUCGCGAACCUGGAUUUCGCAUCAACACCUGCUACUGUCCUGACAAAUCUAGCGCCAACAGGAACUCCCGGCCUGACACAUCUUGAAGCUUCUGUCUUCCCUGCACUCGGGUUUUUUGCUCUUGUCGUUGGUAGCAUCGAUGAGCUGCACCUCUUUAAGUCUUUUGGUCUAGUUUGACACUUCCUGUCUUGUCUUGUCCGAUCUUUCCCCUGACACAUACCUUACUUACCCUACGCAUGACCGAUCCGUCGUCAUCUUGAUCGAUCGAAAAUACCUUUACAUACACCGCCUACGCACGCAGGCCUCGGCAUCAUCCAACACCUCUAUCCCUUUUGUUUACCUCCUGCAACCUUCGCGUAUCCGUAGUUUGACAGCUACCUACCUACCGCGUACCGUUAUCUCCAUCUCCGUCCUCGCUUCAACCAAUUUUACCUUUUUUCACUCGAGCGCAAACCGAAACCCUCGACGACCUUGUUCCCUCCGUCUCUCGGCGCCUAGAAGACUUGACGUCUGUUGGCACCCGCAUCGCAUAUACACAAACAGCACGCAAACACAUACGUGGAUCCGCGGCAGGGUCACCACCGUCAAGAUGUUGAAGAUUUGGUCUAUGAAAAAGGAGCAGCAGAAGGCCGAGAAUGCGGCUGGGGCUGAAAGUGGCGGGAAGAAAAAGAAAGUCACGGCGGCGCAGUUGCGGGUGCAGAAAGAUCUCAGCGAGCUUUCACUAGGCAGCACAAUGAAGACCGAGUUCCCGGACCCAGACGAUAUCCUCAACUUCAUCCUCUACAUCGAGCCGGACGAGGGCAUGUACAAGGGCGGCAAGUUCAGCUUCACCUUCAACAUCACACCCAACUUCCCACACGAGCCGCCCAAGGUGCAGUGCCGCGAAAAGAUCUACCACCCCAAUAUCGACCUGGAAGGCAAGGUGUGCCUUAACAUUCUGCGCGAGGACUGGAAGCCUGUACUCAACCUGAACGCCGUCAUCGUCGGCCUACAGUUCCUCUUCCUCGAGCCCAACGCGAGCGAUCCGCUGAACAAGGAGGCUGCCGAGGACCUGCGGUCCAACAGGGAAGGCUUCAAGCGCAACGUCAGGACAGCGAUGUCGGGCGGUACAGUCAAGGGUCAGACGUAUGAACGGGUUGUCCAGUAGGUACCGGGAACCCAUCAAACUCUAGGCCAAAAGACCCAUCAAAAGCAAUACAUGUAACAGGAGAACCAAGGUCUGUGCGUUUACCUCUUUCUCAGCCUCUCAGCCUCAAAAGUUUUCAGCUCGCUUGUUUCAGCCUCAGCGCCUACCUUAUCUAGAUUUUAGCGAACUGUGGAAUAUACCCAACCCCCAGGUCCCAUGGGGAUGGUAGAGGAUGGCUCGGGAAUCGGGAUGAGGACACGCUAUGCUUGGCAUGCGGAAUGGAGUUGUGGGAGUGGAACUGCUGUGCUGCUCUGUCAGUGGAUGGAUGGGCGGGCGCUCGCUCGCUGUCAGUCACCAGUAACCGGCAGGUUCCUUAUCUGUCGUAAGGCUGGUAGUGUUGGGCGGGCGGGGAGGGGGGAAGGGGGGAAGGGGGUCAGACAACGGACGGGGCGGGAGCUACUACACUACGUAUGUUCCUGACACGCCAAAGUCCCCGGAUCUACCUUACCCAAACAUGGAAGCUCCCUAAGCUAAGAUCUAGGCACUCUGCGGGCGGGUAUGUAGUGUAGGCGGGAAGAUGGAGGAGGAACUUACAUUGGUGGAAGCAAAGGGAGGGGGAGGGGAAGAAGACUGGGGAAUGCUAGGAGCGGAUUCAUCAAGCGGCGUUAAUUUAUAGGGCGAAUGGACAUGAGACGAUUUUCAAUGACCACGGGAGUGAUGUUAAUAAUGCAGCUCUGACGUCCAAUAUGUA